UGCCGUAAAGACCUUAGUAUCGGUGUAAAAUUGAACCAGCAUACUCACCAACAACUUAAUCCGCUACUGUAUGUGUACACUCACCACUCAUUACUAUCAAUGUUGCUGUAGCUCUCUCCACGACAACAGACACAGGUCGUGAAAAGAGGUCCUUAAAGUCUUGGAAGUCCGGAUGACUGUUAGCUUCCCACUUAGACAGUACGUGCAAAAGACGUGCUGUGCGUUUAUAACUUCCCCUUUUGUCCUUCACUUAAUGCUGCCACUUAGCAGCACAAACAAGAAUAUUUAGUUCCGCCAUGGGAACAACGAAAACAUACACAAUAAAUUCAUUAACUUAUUUGUCAUUUAAUUACAAUAAUGUACAAUAUUUUAACCCGUUUUAAGCUUCAAUGAAAUAAAUUAUUAAUUAACUAAAUUCAUGAACUGAUUUAAUAAUUAUGCUUAGUGCAUUUCUGUAACAGCACUUACACUCCCACCAAAUCACUUAAACUGUAAUUUGUGAUUUUCUUGUAAGCAAAACUAGGAAUGAGUGAAAUGCCUAGGAUGCAUGUGAAUGUGAUCUAACUAGCUUCAAGUAGUGUGACCACUUUGUGAAUAGGUCUCUCAAUGUGUACUGAUGUGGUAUGUGAUUUGCCUUUAUCAAAUGUAGUAUCAGUGAUCAGUAGUUUCAGUUUUCGCACCAUGCCGUCUGGACUGGGGUACGUUUCCACAACUCUGGCAAGCUUCCACUCACUUCUUGGUGAGUUGUCAUCUUGUACGAUCACAAUGUCAUCCACUUGUGAGUUCCUUAAGGGUCUUUGCCAUUUUUGCCGCUGUUGGAGGUUUAGUAGAUAUUCCUGUUUCCAUCUUUGCCAGAAUUCGUUGGCUAGGAACUGCACUCUUCUCCACCUUUUGUUCAGAUAGAGGUCUUCCUUGCAAAACUGUCCAGGUGGGGGCAGUACGAUCGACGAUUUCAUGGUCAAUAUAUGGUUAGGGGUCAGAGGCUCUGGGCCAGUAGGAUCAUGGAGCUGUUCAACACUCAAAGGCCUGCUGUUGAUUAUAGCCAUUGUUUCAUAGAGAAACGUUCUUAGGGUUGUGGUAUCAAGCCUGCCUGCAGACUUGUCAAGCAUGACAGUCAGGAUGCUGCGAAUUGUUCGAAUCUGACGUUCCCAUACUCCACCCAUAUGACUUGCACAGGGGACGUUCAUCACAAAUUCACAACCCAUUGCUCGUUGCCGUUCCUGAUCCAUUCCCUUGAGCAACUCAACAAACUCUCUCCUUGCUCCCAUGAAAUUUGUUCCCCGAUCGCAUCUCACUUGGUGGACAGGUCCUCUGAUGGCUAUGAAUGUUUGAAGCGCAUUCAUGAACGCAUCUGUUGUUAAAUCAUCCAGUGUUUCGAUGUGCACUGCUCUACAGCAUAAGCAUGUAAACAGCAAUCCAUAUCGUUUCAAUUCUUUUCUUCCUUCCUUUAUGAGAAAGGGACCAAAACAGUCAAUGCCGCAGUAUGUAAAGGGAGGGGAUGCUUCUGUUCGCUUCUCUGGAAGGUCUGCCAUAUGCUGAACCUCGGUUGUUCGUCUGUAUUUCCUACAUGUAACACACCUGUAAAUGUGCGAGGAUACCACAUUUCCACAUCCUAUGAUCCAUAUUCCGUGCGCUCUUAACUCGUUCAUGGUCAUGCCUCUUCCUUGGUGAUGUACACGCUCAUGAUGAUGUUUGAUGAGCAGGGCUGACACAUGAGAUUUCUUGGGAAGUAUAGCAGGGUGUUUUACAUCAUAGUGCAGGGCUGACUGGGAUAGCCUUCCUCCCACCCUGAGAACAUUGUCGGUGUCCAAGAAGGGAUUUAAGCGAUGUAGCUUGGUGUACUUGUUUGAGGUGCCUUCCCUUUGGAACUUUAUUAUGCAGAUGUCUUCAGCAAAGGCUUCUGCUUGCACUAGCUUUAUUAUUUACAUCACACAUUAUGGCUACUGGACCCUUUCUGAAUCGACACAGCACACCCACUAAUGUGUUCGUCAGGUCUGGUCCUGUCAAAAGAUGAUCAUUCAGAGAGGUUUCUUGGAAGCGUGCUGAACAGUCGAAGACCACACGGAUCUUCCCGGGUUUGUGGGGGUGGUAGACUCCGUGAUGCGGAAUAAACCAUGUUGGUUGGUUAUCGAGUUCGGACUUUGGAACUUUCUCUGCAUCUCCUCUCUCUAUUAUGUCAUUCAUGAAAUGGACAUAGUCCUUGUAAUAUUCCUCCUUUCUCCUGAGUCGUCGCUCUAAUGAGGCAAGCCUGUGGACCGCACACGGUUUAUUGUUUGGGAGAAUGAGUUUUUCUGUCUUGAAAGGAAGCGGGAGCUUGUAGUGGCCAUCUUCCUUUUGUCUUAUUCCCUCCUUCACCUUUGACAGGAAAAGAAGGUCUUCCUGGGAGACUGGAUUGUCAUCUGCCGUGUGAUCCACAAAGUCGGACUCUAGAACUUUGAUUACAUCCAUUGGGUUGAUCUCUUUAACUCGGUUUCUACACACAAGGUGCACUUUUGUUUUAAGCUCAUCUGAUGGCUGUACAGUGGAAGUAACUUGUCGUAUUAUGAUUCUGUGACUGGUUCCUAUUGCAUCACUAUAAUCACUUGCUGGAUUUGAGCAACCCACAAUGCUCCAGCCGAGAUCUGUUCGCUGAACAUAUGGAUAGUUUUCUUUGCUGGAUAGGACCUCUCUUGGAAGAAGGGCUUGCUGGCAGUUAUAGCCGAUCAAGAGGCCUACUUCACAGUCCAGUGGUGGUGGUAUCUUGUCUGCCAGUUUAUGCAGGUGAGGCCAUUUUUGAGCUGUCUCUGAGGUGGGUAUGUGCGUUCUAUCGGCAGGAAUGAAUUCUCGAGUAAAGAGUGGUGGCAAUGAAAUCCUUUUCUGUAAGUUGUAUCCUCUUACUUGUAGGUUUGUCAGUUUCUGACAGGGGCUAACUGUUGACCUUGUUGACAUUGUAGAUAGCCGUAAACUGACAUUUUCCUUGUUUGUGUUUAGAUCCUGGGCAACUUCAUCUAGGAUGAAAGUCGUGUCACUCUGAGUGUCCAAGAGCGCAUAGACCAGGACUUCAUGGUCUGGUUCCUUUGUUGAUGAAACCCAGACUGGAACUAUGGAGGAUGUUUGCGUGCUUCUGGCCCUUUGUAUGACUCUAUUAGUGGUCGAUGUUGCAUCUAUUUCUUUGGGGUCUGUUUCCUCCUUUGAGUUGUCGUUUCCCUUAGGUGUCGACCUUUGACUUCCAUUGAAGUUGUCAUCGUGCAAACACGUUGGGUGUCUCUUCUGACACUUUUCGCAUUUGUCCUUGUUGUCACACUUUCUUGAGUGGUCACCUGUCUUUAAACAUCCAAAGCAAAGCUUUUCUGCUUGCACAAACUUGACGCGAUCUUGGACAGUCCUUACACUAAACUUUCUGCACUUAGCAAGGGCAUGACCUGUUCUUUUGCAGAAGACACAUAAUGGACUGUCGUUCUGUGUCGUGUUUGUAGACAAUGUCUUUGCUUGAAUGGCUCGACCUUUGGUGUAUUUUGGUUUCUCACCCUGUACGCUCUUAAGUGCAUAUAUGGAGGAUAUAGGAUCACAAGCCAGCUCUGCUUCCUUUGAUAGGAAGUUUACGAACUCUUUGAAUGGUGGGUAAACAGCAUUGGCUUGUCUGACUUUCAUGACUGUACGAUUCCACCUUGACACUAACCACUCGGGUAAUUUCAUCAGAAUUUUUUGACUCUCAUUGCAGUCGUUGAGAACUUCGAGUGUCUUAAUGUGAGGCAUUGCAGCUUCACAGCUCUGGAGGAAGUCUGCGAGUUCUCUUAGCUCACAUCCAUCCCGAGAGCUUAUUUUCGGCCAUCCAUGUAGCUUAUCUCUGAAAGACUUCCCGAUCUCCAAAGCGUUUUUCUAGCAGCUGCCAAGCAGAGUCGUAAGCUGCUUCAGUGCCUACUAGGAAAAAUCCUUCUACAGCUUUCCUUGCAGCACCACCUAGGUACUUUCUCAGGUAAUACAGUUUUUCGUUCUUCGGAAUGUUUUUUCUGUCUAUUAAUGUCUUGAAAGACAGUCGCCAGUCUUUGAACUUCAAAGGAUCUCCAUCAAAUGUUGCAGGCUCUGGUAUUGGAAGGCGAUUAGCACUUAUAGCUUCUGCUAGCACAUUAACCAAAUCAGAGUUGUUCUGCCCUUGACACAUGGAUGAUGGAGCUGGUGAAGCUUGAGGCACAAACUGAAAGCCUUGGGAAAUAGGAACUUGGUUUGUGACUGAUUGAGACUGGGGAAUGAAUGGUGGACUUGAGGGGUCGAGAUCUUGCGCUGUGGCUGGCAGAGGCUGAGGAAUGAAUGGUGGACUUGAGGGGUCGAGAUCUUGCGCUGUCGCUGGCAGAGGCUGAGGAAUGAAUGGUGGAUAUGAGGAAUGGAGGUUGUGAGGUUCUUUAGUUUGUAUAACAUCAUGCAGCAGGUCAAUUGCAUCUGAAUUUUCUUCAGCUUGGUGAUAGACCUUUGCUCGAGCUCUUGCAGCAUUCAACUUCUUAAGUUCUUCAAGACGUUCAAGCUUUCUGCGCUUACCUUGCAUUACUUGUUGUCUGGCUAGGUUCUCAGCUUCCAACUGUUGUAGUUCUGUUGCCUCCUUUUCCUGUUCUUCCAACACUGCUAAUGCUUCCUGAGCUGCAGCAGCUUCAGCCACAGCCUCAGUUUUCUUGAAUGUGUGGAUGCUUGAGAGAGCAGAGCCACAUUUUGAUCGAUGUGAUGGUGGCAUUGAUAAUGAAACUGUCGAGUCCAUAAUUGAUCCAACGUCGGGCCAAGGUUCUUCUUUACACUCGAGCAAGUACGUUGCAUAUUUUCAAUCAUCUCCAUUAAUUCAUCUUCAGAGGCCUCAUCAGUCAAUAUUUCCUUUCCUAUUCUUGCUUGAGACUUCCAUCUUUCAUAAACAAUUCUGUACCGACGUUGUACAUCCUUCAACCUUUCCUCUUGAAAUUCCUUUCCCUUUUUAGUCAGGGUUCGAGCUCUUUCACUUCUUCGCAACUCUUCCCUUUCUUCAGCAGCUUGAAUGUCAGCGGCAUGGGAUUGAGCUGUUCCUUCCGUGUUUUGGUGGUGGGUCUUUGUGUUUGCGUCAGACAUUUUAAGUGAAUUGAAUCACUAUGUGUAAUGUUAGUUACAAUAUUUCUUCAAUGAGUUGUUAUUAACUAUGUGGAGGCUGUGUCAAGACUGUGUUUACGUGUGAACCUCAAUUUAUAGUGUAUAAACUGAUGUAAACUUAAAUUACCUUACCUCAUUAGCAAAUGAGAAACUUGCUUUAGCACAAAUAUGCAAACAUCAAUCUUAAACGCUGACCAAAUGUGCUAAGAAAUGUGUUAAAUCACCUUAUCUUGAUGAAAUAAAUGUUUUUAGUGACUCUAAAUUUCACUGGUGUUACCCUUUACACCUAAAGUAAAUGCCUUCUCUUUACCAUUAACCUUCAAAUCACAAAUCUUAGUUUCAACCUAAAACGUUUCUUUCACCUUUAAACCUUAACUUAUUAGUUUGCUUAUGGUUAAAUUACCAUUUAGACCUUAUGACAUGUAGCUACGAACGUCUGCAUAUAAAAUGAAUCCCAAACGUAUAUGCUUAGCACAGUAAAUAAUCAGUAAGUAGACCUGAGUUCUUGGCUGCAACUUCCGGGUUUAAGCCCUUCUCACACCACUUCAACUUUAAGACUUUGGUAGAGCACUUCUGGCCUUGUCCCGUUGGAUUGCAGCUUUAACGCAGUCUAUGAUCACCGUUACUUGGAGUCGCUAUGCCGAUAAUGCACCGUGGGCUUGGUCAUCUGACAUGGUGGAUGUUCGUUGCGUCGUCAUCCGCUGUAUGCUCCGGUCUCUCCUACCCGCGAUGAGCAGGCGAGUUCUCACUGUAGCUCUUUUCACGACCAGCAGCCAACGAGGUAUAUAUUUUAAGUUGUUAAUUAGUUUUAUGAUAUUAAGUUUCAUUUGAAUAUGUUUCAUAUGACGGGAUCAUUUUUGUGACAUGUACCGUUUGUAUCCGGUUGAAUGCAGUUCUCACGGCGUGAAGGCAUGGAUGUAUGAGAAACAAGCUCAUAUAUUAAACGCCCGUUUCAAAGAACCGACCUGUGUUUGUUGUCGUGGAGAGAGCUACAGUUGCGGUCUGGUGACGUACCCUACACGUCGCCAUUUAGCAACUGUUGCUGCCACGUGGGUUCGAUUCAUUCUGAAAAAAAUAAGCCGAAAUCAUUCGUGCAAUUCAGCGACCAUUGGAAAGAAAAAAUGGAAAGUGUCUCCUUCGGCUAGGGGCCUGGUUGUGGAUCUGGGACCUCUGGGUCCCCCGCCCUUUAACGCGCCGGGUUCUGCUUCCUGGGGGUGUGGGGAGGAGGGCGGGGUGUCCAGCCGUGGGCGGGCUCCCUUCCGGUUGGCGGGGGCGCCCUUGUGCCCACUGGUGUGUGGCCCUCGAUGCCCUUCUGCCCUAGUGGGGUCUCCUGCCGGUCUAGGGGGUGUGGCUCUCCUCCGGCCUGCUGGCGCCCUGUUGCUGGUCGGGAUUGCUCCUCCAUGGACCCUUGCUGGUCUCUUUGGCGGGUCUUGGGGAGUCAGCCAGGUGGAUCUCUGGCGGUGAGAGCUUGACCUGGCUGCGCGGGGCGGGGUUUACUGAGUGGUAGGAGGCAGUCCCUCUCCUUUUGUCAUUCUCAGUGACAAUUACACAUUCACACACACGCAUUCAUACAUAUGAGCACACUUACACUGAAAAAAAAAUAUUUUUUUGGCCCUGUAAUUAUUACCUCAAAUAUUAAAUUUUACAAGGAUUUAUUAUUUAACUUCUUUUACUCUAAAAUCUCACUCUUUAUUUAAUGCCUUACUUAAUGAUUGUGUGUAACUUUGUAUCCUCACAUUUAUAUGUACAUUUGAUCACUGACACCAAGUAAUAUUUACAUAACUAAUGUAUUGAUUUUAUAACCUGAUACCAGAUUGUAAAAUGUACUUGGGUAAUAGCAGUGAACCUGGCUACCUUGUGGCCAUUCUGCGCAUGCGUCAGAGGGUCGCGAACACUCAGACUUCCCAAGGCAAAGUUUGAGGGCGCCAUGUUUUCACAGGAGACGGUGGAUGACGACAUGGACAGUCGUUUAACAAGGAAAUUCAUCGAUGUGGAGCCAUAUAGGUAGGUCAUAUGCUUAUCUGACUUUUUUCUGGAACCUUUCCUCAUCUGUUUACGUCAGUGUUAUAAUAUAAAAUACUCGACGUUAGCAUUAGCUUACCUUUAGCCUGCCAGCUUGCUAGCUAUCAACUGCGAGCUUUGUAGAGGUGUUUUCGGUUGCAGAACAGGAGGUUUUUAUGUUUAUUAAAUCUGUAAGGAUUCAUUCCUUACAUAUGUUAUUUGAUUAUCUUGGCUAUUUCAACUAAGACGCCUGACUGAGAAGGUAACAUUACAAUAAUAAGUAUAUAGUUAUUUGAAUCUGUAAAUUGCAGUUUAGCCUUUGUUAAGUUUUAUUGAUUUAAAAGACUUGGAUAAUGGAGUUCCACAACAAUAUCCCGUUGUGAGGAAAAAAGAAGAAGUUUUGUUUAGGUUUCAAGACACAGAUGAAUAAAUAUUAGUAUUACAAACUAAGUUGAUUUUGAGUGUUUUGUUUUUUUUAAAAAAACAACAAAUAUUGUCAAGCAGCUCUGUAGUUUAGACUAAUGUGCACGCAAUCUGAAACCAUUGUGAUGAUUUUAGAUUUUGUAUUGUUGCCAUAAUUGAAAUGAUUUCUCUAUCCAUUUCACAGAAUAUUGAAGGACGUUGACGCUCAAGAAUUUGGUCUCAACAGCUUAGACAAGAUUACUGUAUUUUGUUACUGUGGUGCCAUAUCCUGGGACCCAUAACAAAUUCUGGGGGCUCCUCCGGGAUCUCUCGUCCACUUAACUGGAGGAGCAGGUCCAGUGAUACUAGAACCACGGCACCAGCGUGACAAGGUGUGACUGUAGCCAAGAAGCAAGCCAGCAGGUGGCCCCGGUGAGCAGGAUUUGGGCGUCACAAAGGGAACCGCGCUGCUUGAUCGGAGGCUCCACGUACACAGGUCACCACAAGAGUGUUCAACAGAUCCACAUAGCACUGCUAACCCCUACAUCAUGUCUGUCAUGCGUAAUGAACUGGUGUGGAGCAUUAAGAAGAACUUGUUCAGACUUUCAAGCGCUGACCUCUACCAAGUAGCAAGGAGAAUCGCAGCUGAUGGACAAGACACUGUCACGCUAAGCGAAAGUGAUGAUGAGAACUCCAUGAACUAUAUCACCACUCAUCUGCAGUCCCACACCUUACUUGAACUCGAAGAUGAAGGUAUGGGUCAGCUGUUAACACUGAAUGAUAUAGUGUGCAAGAUGGUGUCCGGUGCUGCUAUUGGUUUACCUGCUAACGUAGAUGUUGAUAUUACGCAUGCCUUGUCUCGCUCCACCUUAUCAACUGUAACUGCAGAACACACCCCACCACCAUCACACCCACAUUCACAACACACUACUACACAGCUAGAUAACCUCAGCAACACUACUAACAUCACUCAACAUGAGACAACCGCACAGUCAGUAGGAGAACUAAGGCGGGUGUAUGAUGAGUUAGGUGAAAGCAUAAGAAGGUAUGAGGCUGAAGGUAGUCGCCAAGCCACUACGCUUAGCAUGUCCAGACCACCGCCAUUUACUGAGGGAAUGGUCUCCCUAAAAGACUUACCAUACAUUCAAUGCCGUGAGUUUAAAGUACAUGGGGGCCAAAUUGCAGACAAUACUUCGGACAUUACCUAUAACAACAUUAGCAAACAAAUUGAUGAGGGUGUUAGAGAAGGCUUUACAGGGACAGAAGUAGUCAGGGGUUUGUUAAAGAUUGUCAAACCCAGCACCUUUAGGGAUAUGCUGGCAAACAAAGAUGAAAUCAGUGUCCUGGAACUCAAGGGCUUUCUUAGGUCUCACCUCGGCGAAAAGGCAACCACAGAGAUGCUCCAGGAGCUAAUGUGUUCGAGACAAGCCGAGCAGGAGUCACCCCAGCAGUUCCUGUACCGCAUUAUCAGGCUGAAACAAAAACUGUUAUUUCAGUGCCAGAGUAGAGACAGAGGGCCGACAGAUGUAUGAACAAGGCAAAAACGGAGCUGGAAAAGACACAAACCCAUCAACACUGGAGCAACUUAGUAACCAGGUGGCGAACCUGACACAACUAGUGGCAGCACUGAUGGAACAACAAGCAGCCAAUGUUUAUGGGACCUGUCCUUCCAUGCCAUCCAAGCCUGUUAUUCAGAAGCCACUAACCCCGAGUCCAAAUCAAACAAAAGCAAGGACAGCUCUCUGCCCUAAGUGCACUGAACAGAAUAUCCCCGAGUGUGACCACUGCUUUACCUGUGGACAAGCGGGGCAUCGAGCGGUGGGAUGCUUGAAGCGGACUAAGUUUCAGUUAAACGGGGGAGGGCCUCUGACAAGGGACAGCCAGAGGCCAAUGCACAACCCCAGUUCCCAUCAAUAAGGGGGGCCAAAGGACCAUAAACAUCAACAGGCUGAGGUACUUUCAGACCAUGAUACCCCCAUCUCCAGAGCACCUUUGGUUGGUAAUAGGAGCCUGUUGAAAUGCCUAAUAGGGGGAUACCCAGUGAGCGUCCUAUUUGAUUCUGGUUCACAGGUGAGCAUAAUUGAUUGUGAUUGGGCUGACACCCACAUCCCCAACUAUGCAAUAAGGCCACUAAAGGAACUGAUUGAGGAGAACCUUGAUGUGUAUGCUGUAAACGGACGAGCAAUCCCCUAUGAUGGAUGGGUUGAACUAACCCUAACCCUAACCCUAACCCUAACCCCAACCUCACUAUACAAGUGCCUUUCUUAGUCAGCCAGUUGCCCCUAUCUCAGCCACUAGUAGGAGCGAAUGUGCUUCAGGCAAUCAUCAAGAGGCAAGAACUAUCCGGGGAUGCUGUGGCCACAGUUACCGGCCUUCUCUGUCGUGCAUUCCAGAUGGAAGCAGAUUACAUCCAAGCUAUGGUCAACUUUCUCCAGUUUCCCCAAGAAACGCCCUGUGACCCAGGUACAGUGAGGGUUGGAAAAGAAAACAUCAGUAUUCCAGCUGGAAGAACUGUGAAUGUUUGGUGCAGGAUACCGCCAAAUAUUUGUACCUCAGACCCCUUUGUCCUGUAUGAACCCAUGGAUGAUGACAAAGCCUUAAUUCUUGACCAAGGCAAAGCUUACCACCAGGGCUUUAUAGCAGAGGGAUCAAGAUACCUGACAGCCUUCAUAACUCUUUGGGGUCUGUAUGAGUGGAUCAGGAUCCCAUUUGGGCUAUCAAAUGCCCCCGCAGCCUUCCAGAGGAGCAUGGAAGAGAUGCUGCGGGACGAAUGUUGCAUCCCCUACCUCGACGCAACACUGUGGGUGCGUGGGUACCGGGACGGGUAGCGGUUGGGGAGGUGCUCUGCGUGGCGCGGGCCGGGAU